AUGCCUAUAAGUCCAGCUUCUGUCGCACUGAUUCAUAAAGACAACAACAGCACUAAUACGCAGCAACAAGCCGCCUCUGUUCGCUGGCGCUCUCUGGGCGUUCGAGAUUAUGUUUGUUUAAGUGUAAUGAAACCUGGCACCACAUUUGACAUUAUACCCAGGGUCAUGCCAGCUACAAAUCAGUGCUCCAUAUGUCUGGGGGAAAUGAAAGCCUCAAUCGGAAUGCUAGGUGGAUGUGAACACAUCUUCUGUUACGAUUGCAUCAAGAAGUGGUCUGAAGCUAAACGAACGUGUCCCAUUGACCGCACACCAUUUGACUCUAUCAAUAUACUACACGAAAUUGGUGGUGCAAUUGUGGAAGAGGAAAAGCUAGAACCUCUGGAGUCGGAUCAACUCUAUACUUCACUUAACGGUGUUCGCAAUUUCAUUUGUCCACAAUGUGGAAAUAGAUUAAGACGGAUGAAUUGA